AUGGGCUGCCUCGCAUGGGUCAGAGGUCUCAAGAUUUCAAUACAUUUUAAAGACAAAGAGUUAAACAAGAUAGCGGCAUUUUUCAAUGUUUCUACAUUUUUGUUAACUUGUGCAGCAUUAGUUCAACCCAGUUGGUUCCGAAUUAAGGGGCUACACUGUACACAAAGUUUAUCUUUAGCACAGUUCUUUACUUUUGAUGAGGAUGCGGAUAAUAAUGAUCAAAUAACAAUACAUCAGAAUCAGGAGUAUGAUCCUAUCAACAGAUCGGACUAUAACAGUCUGCCUCCAUGUACAACACCGGAGAUAAUAACACUAAUGAGAGUGCUAAUAUUGUUAUGUUUCAUGGUGUUACUAUGCUCAUGUAUUGGAGUUUUGAUCAACCUUACAAGUCUAAAUAGUAAGGCUAUAAAAAUGCUAAGAAGAAAUGCUAUACCCAGCAUAAUGUGCGUGUUUUGGGUUAUUGCCAUUGUUGGAGUGUGUUACUACACAACUGUUGUACUGGGGAAUGUCAACAACAGCGAUCCAAACACAAUACAAGUUGACUAUGAAUAUGGAUUCUACACAAUAACUGGAGCAGGUGCUCUCGCCUUAUUAGCAUCUGCAGCGAAUUUAUGGGGAGCUCCUUUAUCUAAUGAUGAAGAUUUGCAAAGGCGAAACUUGAUGGAAGAUUGGGAUGGGUAUGAGGCUCAUAGCGUUGGACCAACUCCUGCAGUACCCACUCUACCACCAUAUACCCCUAGUGCUGAUUUUGUCCCCACGUUGGCCCCUGGUUUUGCUCCGCCUGUUUUAGGUUCACAACAAUAUUUUCCCUUUGAUGACCUUUCCAUACUUCCUCCGCCUCCACCAUAUACGCCUUGA